UUGGAUUUGGUCUUCAUACUGUAUUAUGUGCUGGUGUCUAGAUGCUAGCCCAUGACCCUUGAGAAGGGGAGUUGGUGUCUAUGGUCCUGCUUCAAAUCUCUGAGUGUAGGUUCAGUGUGUUCAUGUGGGUGCAAAUACGGAGGGGUCAUAACUUCUAAAUUCUCUGUGCCUGGUUACAGCUGUUCAGUUUUAGAGGAUAGGUUCCAGAAGGGCAAAGCCAAACCCAGAUUUUGUUGUAUGAAAACUUACCUUGAGUGUGGCAUCACCCUCCGGGGAUCUGAAGCUCAGUCAGGAGCCACACACAUUCAUCUGUUGAAGCAGGAUAUUUUCUGUGAAGGAAGUGAGAGACUUCUGACCCCAGCCAUACUGUCUGCCGCCCUAGCACUGCUGAUGGUGGUGAGAGUGGCCGAAUUUCUCAUUGGCCUGGUUGGAAAUGAAGUCCUUGUGGUUUGGAGUUUUGGAGAAUGGGUCAGAAAAUUCAACGAGUCCUUAUACAACCUCAUUGUUCCGGGCCUGGCCGUUUGCCGAUUUCUCCUGUGGUGGCUGAUUAUGAUGGACUUAACCCUGUUUCCGCUUUUCCAGAGCAGCCAUUGGCUUCACUACCUCAGUGUCUUCUGGAUCCUGGUAAGCCAGGCCAGCUUGUGGUUUGCCACUUUCCUCAGUAUCUUCUACUGUAGGAAGAUCACAGCCCUUGAACACCCUGUCUGUCUGUGGCUGAAGCAGAGGGCCUAUCACCUGAGUCUCUGGUGCCUUCUGGGGUACCUCAUGAUAAAUUUGUUACUUGUGGCCCACAUUAGCGUAAUCCAAAAUCCUUCCCAAGGCAACAACAGCAUUCUGUGCACCCUUUCAAACUGGUACUACAUGUACAUAUUAAAGCUCACUGCAGGAAGCGGGUUGCCUUUGAUGGUGUUUCUUGUUCCUUCUGGGAUGUGAUUGAUUGUCUCUUUGUGUAGACACCACAAGAAGAUGAAGGUGCAUACAGGUAGGAGAGAUGCUUGGGCCCAGCCUCACAUCACUGCCCUGAAGCCCUUGACCUGCUUCCUUAUCCUUCGUGUGGUUUAUAUCCUGGCCAGCCCCUUUCCCAUCACCUCCAAGUAUUCUGCUAAUCUCCCCGUUGUCUUCAUUUCCAAGACCCUCAUGGCUGCCUAUCCUUCUCUUCAUUCUGUCGUAUUGAUCAUGGGGAAUCCCAGGAUGAAGCAGACUUGUUAGAGAAUCCUGUGGAAGAUAGUGUAUGCUUGGAGAUCCUGAGGCCCUUGAUCUGGAGAGAAACGAGUGCUCAGAAUACUCUUUUGAGGCAGUUUUUGGUAGCUCUUUAUAAGGGAGCUGACAUUCAUGUCUGUAAAAUUUUUUCUUCUCUGACACCAAAUCAACAGAUGAUCUACAGGAAGUACAGAAUAAAAACUAAUACUGUUUCACUGUUAGGACUGUAAAGUAUAAUUGUUUUAUUGUAUUAUAGAAAUCAAGACUGGGGCUUUAUGUUUGGUAAAAUAGGUGUUAUAUUCUGUUUACAUAUACCAAAUAAUUCAUUUCUUUUUAAAUUGCAUAUUUAAGUUGUGUUUUUCCUAUUAUAGGGAACAGAGAUUAGGAGCAAUUAAUAUAGAGAUCGAUCAUUUUUAUUAAGUUUCACUUAUCCACUAAUGUUAGUCAUUUUAGGUAAGUUUUUUAAAAAAAGUAUCAAAUAAUUUUCCCAUUUCUCUACGGUAGUAGGUCUAGUUACCUAACUGAAAAACAAAACAAAAUAUCUUUGUAUUUCUAGAAGUUUCUUUGAGUCCUAGACUUGCCUUGUAGGAUAAAAGUCAGUUGGCUGCCAUGUUCUAUAUUAAACUCCAAAGCCCAGGACCUAGACUGGAGCAAGAUGGGAGUGACGGCCACUUGCUUCUGCUCACAAAAAAGGACACUUCUCCCUGAAUGUGUGAAGCUUCAUCUUCCUUGGUCAACCAGCCAUCCUGACUGUCUUGCUCUGGUUUCCCUGCAGGCUGAAAUCAGAGUUUUAGCAUACUAAGUCUUUGAGUUGGAUGGAGAUCAUCUAGAAUGUCAAAUCCAUGGCAGCAGGAACUGCGUCUCUUUUUGUUUUCUCCUAGGUUAUCGAUGCCUAGAAUACCACCUAGAAUAUAGUAAGUUAGUAUUUUCUAAAUGAUCAAUUAGUUACAUUAACUAGUCUUACAGUUCCUCUUUUUUUUUUAAUGUUUAUUUUGAGAGAAAGAGUGACAGAGAGCAUGCAUGCGCAUGAGCAGGGG